AUGGCGCAGGCCUACGUCAGCUCGCCUCACCGGACGAGAGAACAACUGAACAACGUGAAGAGCGGCUUCAAAGAAUGCACACAGAGCAUGUGCUCCUUCGCGCCGACUCUGCUUGCGCGGCGACUCGCUUUCGUGUUUGAGAUCCACGUUCCGUCUACGGCAGCCACGAAGUGGAAGUCGAAGGGUCGCGUGGAGCGCUCGCGCGCGCAGCAGUGGGACUGUGAGGAGGCCACCUUCCGUUGCCUCAUCGCCGACAUACUCAACAUCAAGGCUGUGGAGGUGAAAGGACUGGGAAAGUCUGUGCUGCUAGGAACAAAGAACUGCGAGACGAAGGAUCUAUUCUCCGCGCAUCCACAGAUCAUGACCGUUAACCUGAAUCCCAGUGGCUCUCUGAAACUCAACGUCAUCAUCACUUGGAAUCCCCUGGACGGCAGCGCGGCGGACGACGCGUCGGCCUACCCGAGCCUGACGCCCGUCGUGUUGCGCAAUUCUCCCACCAGGAAGCGCCGGCCGAUGACGAUGGCGACGCCGUCGCCGCUGCUGCAGAACGGGCUGGGCGGCCGGCCGACGCGACCGUUCAGUGACAUCGUGAGGGAGCCAAUGCCGCGCACGAGCGUAACGCCGGACCGUGACUCGCUGCUCAACUCGCGCUCCCGAGCGUCGUACAGCGGCGACGCUGCGGCAUCGGUGCGACGGUCGCGCGACUCCGCGCUGCCAGAGAUGGAUCGGCCGUCGCCGCCGCGGCUGGAGCAGGCGGUGCUGAGCCUGAGCACGACGCUGGAGGACUACCAGGGCCAGUACCCGGAGCUGAACAACCUAGAGCAGCAAGUGGAGAUGCUGAAAGACCUGCUCAAGGCUUCACAUGGCAGCGGACACAGCUCUCGCUCCUCCAGCAUCAGCAUCAGCGUCGAGUCCGCGCUCGGAUGCUUCGACUUCCUCAACAGUGAGAUGACGCUGCCGGAGGAGGACGAGGAAGAGGAGAGCAGAGCGUGCGCGUACGUCGCGGCCGAUGAUCGCAAUAGCAGGGAGAGCAGCGUCAGCGAGAGUCGCUCGAGCCUCGAGCAUAGGUCGACCCUGAACCACAGCAACCUGACCAAGCAUCAGGCGACGAUGAAGACGAUGGACUCCGGCAUUGAGAGCAUCGGGAGGCACCUGAGUGAAGACCGGGGCUUUAGCACCGGCUCCUCCCCCGAACCAGCCUCCAUCGGCAACGAACAGAUCGACACCGCCCUGCUUUAUCACGUCAUGUACUGCGAGAGACUGCUCGAGCACCUUGGUGCUUUCGGGCCACUCAAGUGUCGAGAGAUACACGCGCUGCACAAUCUGGAGAUACAGGCAGAUAUCAUCGAACAUUUGCUGGAGCUAGCACAAUCUGGUGCCAACGUAAUGGACCUGCAAGAAGUAUUACACGGCGUUCAAUACAGCGAAAGCUUGGUCGAAUUCUGGCAGCAUUGCGCGCAAUCUGUGUUGCUACACCUGCCAACACACCAGCUUCUCUCUGCUCUGGAGAAAGCAUACGGGUCACUGAUCAGAGUCAAUCAUGCUGAAGUGGCAAACAAAGUCUUCCUUCAUGUGAUCAGUAAAGUGGUGGAUACAUCAGUCUCAGCAGUGCAGCGUCCUGAUUCAAUAGUGACCCUGCACCAGUUCCUCUUCCAUUUCAAGGACAGGGGCAAAAGUGACCUUGACAAGGUCAUCGUGGAAGCAGCUGUCGACCUGUCGGCUGUUGAGGUUCUGAAGAGUGGCGCCAACGACCAGAUCAAAGCUCUCAUACUGAAAACAUUCAAGAAGAGACUGCCGAGUGCAGACGUGCUGCAGGCACUGUCCACCCUGCUGUACCGCACGAGUGACGUCAAAAAGCCAGUCGCCUCCUACCUAAAGACGGUGAGCGCAGACGGGGUGGCCCAUGACAAGAUGCUUGUCACCUAUGUCGAGGCACUGGAGUCGACGAAGCCAGACGUACGGCAGGGUGCCUGCGUGGCGCUCGCACUGCUAAAGGCCACAGAAUGUAUAAGCCAGCUAACCUACGUCUGCCAGACAGAUGUGGCAGCAGAGGUAAAGCUGUCAGCGAAGGAGACACUUCUCACACUAGGUAACACCUGGACCUACUAG